AACGCAUGCACAACCGCGCGCAGUAAUCAGAGUAAUCAUUCUUCGAUCUCGAUUGUUUGGCGUUGCACAUCAUUCAACAUACGAUUUUGAUGUCAAUGAUGGACGUGUAACCAAAAUAUCCCUCCGCCAGGCUUUCUUGUUACUGUUUUAUUUUAACAUCCUACGUUGGCGAUUCAUUUUUACCUGGGCUGUGUUUUAAUAAACUUCACAGAAACUCUACCUAGAGUUGUUCGGUGUUUUUCUCUUCAGUUGAUAGGUGCUCCUCUUUCUCCCUGGAGGAAAAUGCAUGAUAUACAAGGAUGUGAUUAGCAUAUAUGGAGCUAUUAUGAUAGGCGGAUCGAGGUAGCAGUACGGAGACCCAGUUCAGGUGGAUACACUCAGUAAGUACGACAAUAAGCUCUUAGCCGCCAUGAGGACUACCCAAAAGAUGUUGCUAUCGUGUUUUUUGUUAUUAGCAUCGCAUACUUUCACUUGUAUUCUUGUCAUUCAACUGCGUGAACGACGCAACGACCGGCUUCACGACUUGACUCAAAAAAUUGUUAGAAAUGUAUCGCAAUCUUCGCCAUGUUAUUUGCGGGUUAAUGUUUGGCGUGACGAAGAGGUCCAGCGAUCACCCCAGAAAUUCGAAUGCCCGGGGCUGGAGUGUGGUAUUAUUUUUUCCCAGGGUGUCAACUAUGAUACAAUGAAGUCAAGUGAUGCGGUUGUACAUGUAUCAAAUUGGGAUUGGAGCAAAGUGCUCAAGGAGAGACCACCGAAUCAAGUUUGGAUUUUUUUCACACUAGAGAGUCCUAAACUCACUAUACCUUACCUGAUACCACCUCGCGGGUAUGACCGCGUAUACAACUAUACAAUGUCUUACCGGCCAUCAUCUACGAUACCCAGUCCGUAUGGCUUUUAUGAUAGUACUGUGCCGCAGUUAGCCACUGACGACGAUCGUAACUGGGCCUCGGGGAAAACCGAUCUCGUAGCUUGGGUUUCAUCCAAAUGCAAAGACAAAGGUCCCGGUGGAUAUCGGUCGUGGCGGCGCCUUGAGUUUGUGGAGACACUUGCAAAGUAUGUUGGUGUCAAUAUGUAUGGGAAAUGUGGGAACAAAGAAUGUGAUGAUAAAGAGGGCGGGUGCUGGAACUUUCUGAGGACUCAUAAGUUUUACCUGGCUCUGGAGAACAACGAAUGUAGGGACUACAUCACUGAGAAAUUCUGGUUUAACGCUCUCCUAAACGACAUGGUUCCUAUUGUCUACGGCCCUCCUCGUGAAGAUUAUGAGCGCGUAGCGCCACCGAAUUCUUUCAUCCAUCUUCAAGAUUUUAAAAGCUUCCAAGAACUUGCCGAUUAUAUCAAACUUGUAGAUUCAGACGAUAAGUUAUACAAUUCAUUUUUUGAAUGGAAAAAGCAGGGGACAGUAAGGUACAUGGGUGCACAUAUGAUACAUCAGCCGGAGUUUAUGUGUAAAGUGGUAUCUAAAUUGUUGGAUUCAGAAAAGAAGUCACGAUAUUGUAACCAGGGCAUUGGAGAGAUGAAUCCAUCAAUAAAUGAAUUUUUGUCAACUUCAUGCUUCGUACCUACCGGAUUUCCUCACGACUUUUGAAGUAUCAGUAGCUGUGUCCACACUGUCAGAACUGGUUCUUUCUGUUAAACUAUCCAAUAUUGGAGAACAAAUGUCGCUGUCGUUUGACGUGGAAAGGUGUUGCUUUAAUCAAUGCACUUUGUUAUGUUCAAAGUGCACUAAACCUAAUAAUAUUCCAGAGUAGAAACAAUGUGAUGUGUAUAUUUGUAAUGAUGUACCUUAAGUUGCUGUGGAAAACUAUCUCAAUGAAGCUAAAAUGGAAUGCGACUCCGACUAGUUGAUUUCCAUUCAAAUGAUAAUCAUGGUCCUGAUAAUCUCCAACCACAGCACAACAACAACUGCAACAAAAGGAAAUCUCGAGUCUUGAGGAUCUGAUAAGUAAAAACAUGUAAAAGCAUGCAAAAGCAAAUCCAACUUGCUUUAGACUAUGCCUUAAUCAGUGCUUUGUAUCCUCUGGGAAAUGUGCUAUAUACAGACGAUAUAAAUCCAAACAGUGGUAUUUUCAUUCAAAUACUCUUAUUCAAAUUUUGCAAUGAUUGAUGAUGAAAUCAGGUAGAGAACUAAGCUCAUUUUCGUUCGAAAAGACUCUGCCUGCUAUAAAAUAAUAAGUUGGUUUUUUUUGUCCAUUUUAGACAUCGGCGUUUUGAUCUGAUUUUAAAAUGCUGUAGUGAUGAAAUGGUCGAGUUCAUGAUGUAGUGUUCAGAUGUAGCGUAUGGCAGAUGUAUUAUAUACUAGUGUAUGUAUGUAUGUAAAAUAUAAAUUGCAGUUAUCUUAUCGUGCUCCCAGGAUUGAAUAAUGAAUGAGACCGAGAGAAAUUAGUAUAUGGAAGAAGGUUGUUUUUCUGAUCCCUCCAUUGAUUAAAAAAAUCCAGUUUAUUUGAACGACUUUUUGUCCUGAAACUUUCAUGACUUUGUCAUUUCAAUUCAAUUUAAUUAAUUUUAUCUAAUCUGAUUUAUAUUUUUUCCAAAUUCAUUUAAUUUUAUCAAUUGCCACAUGUAAAAGCAAAUCAAAUUUGCUUUAGUCAAUGCCUUAAUCAGUGCUUUGUAUCCUCUGGGAAAUAUACCUUAUACACACGAUAUAAAACCAAAUAUUGUUAUUAUUCAAAUAUUAUCAUUCAAAUUUUGCAAUGAUUGAUGAUGAAAUCAAGGAGAUAUCUAAGCUCAUUUUCGUUCGAAAAGACUCUUCCUGGUAUAAAAUGAUAAUAGUUUUUUUUUGUACGAACAUGAUUUUGAUCCAUAUAGAAAUCAGCAUUCUGAUCUAAUUAUAAAAUGUUGUAGUGAUAAAACGGUUGAGUUUGUGAUGUAGUUUUCAGAUGUAACGUAGGACGGAUGUAUGUGAGGGUAUGUGUGUUUAAAAUAUAAAUUGCAGGUAUCUGAUCGUGCUCCAGGAUUGAAUAAUGAAAUGAAUCCUAAAAAGAAUUUUGUGGGUCCAUGCCAUAUGACCGAGACCUAGAGAAAUUAGUAUAUCGAAGAAGGUUAUUUUUCUGAUCGCUCCUUUCAUUAAAAAAAAUCCUGUUUAUUGGAACGACCUCAUGUCCUGACACUUUGUCUAUUCAAAUCAGUUUAAUUUAAUUUUAUCCAAUUUGAUUUAUAUAUUUUCUCAAUUCAUUUCAUUUUUCAUUUUAUAAAUUGCAAUUAAUGCAUAUGACGAUGUUAUCGCAAAUUAUUUUUGUAAUGAUAAUAGCCCACCGACUAGUAUCCGAUCAUGAAAUGUGUGAGAAAUGCAGACCAAAGUCAUUAUUAGUAACACCAAAUAAUCUCGCCCCUCAAUCUGCUUAGUCAGAAUCGAGAUGGUCUGUUGAUAAAAUGGUGACAAGACAAUUGCUCCGACGACAAUUGUUCUGGGCAUUAUAUCUUCCAAGAUAUAGGGUUAGGGGUGCAAUGGGAUCUUACAUUAGGUUUAGGGUAGGGUUAAGUGUUAAAUCAAGGGUUGAAGUUGGUCAUUCCAUUAGUGUAUGGAAUUUGCAGCGGAGCACUUGUCGCUGGAGCAAUUGUCAUGGGACCUUCAUUCUUGAGCCGGGAAGUGUUUCAUCAGGGCUCAUCAGAAAAAAAACAAUAUUUUCAUUCACUGUCUAAUAGAUAUAGCAAGGAUAGUAUGAUAUUAUGGAAGGAAUUAAACAAAAUUACAGGUAGAGAAAAAAACUCAUCACCAUCAAAUUUGGAUAGUGAUAGAUUUAACGAUUUAUCUGUGAAACAAAUUUCGGAAACGUUUAAUCACCAUCAUGGAGUCAUCUAAACCAGUAUCCACUCUUAACUUCAUACCAAUUAUUCCUGAAAGCACUUAUAAGAAUCUUUCUCUUUUGUCUGAUCAGAGUAGUCUUGAUAUUCUAGACUUUGAUACUAAAUUACUUCGUAUUUCAGCUCCUUUUUAUUUAUUGAUUUUUAAAUGACUGGUUUAACGCAAGUUUGAUAUCUGGAAUGUUACUUGAUAAUUGGAAAAUCUUAAGAACUACACCGGCUAAUAAGGGUUAAGGUGACACAGAUUACAUUUCUUAUUAUAGACCAAUUUCUGUUGUAUGUCAUUGCUGGGGGGUUUGGGGAAGGAUGUUCAAUUCCAAUUUUUAUUUUAUCUACAGACAAACGAUUUCAUCAAUAUGGACCAAUAUGCCUUCUUGCCAAAUCACUCAACUAAUACUUAUUUUACAUAGAAUUACUGAUGAUUGGUACGAAUCUUUUGAUGAAAAAGAGAAGUUUGUUGCCUUUAUAUUUCUAAAUGUUUUGAUUGUAUCGACCAUAACUAAUUACUUUCGAAACUGAACAAAUUAUAGUGGCUUUUUUUACACUGAGCUCCCCUGGUUUAAAUAAAACAAAAGAAAUAUCUGUAGGAAUUCCUCAUGGUUGUAUUUUAGGUCUCUAUCUCUCUGUUUCUAUUUAAUGAUAUUACAGAUUCUUUAAAGAGUUGUACAUGUAAUAUGCGCUGAUGAUGUGAUAACUAUGACUUGUGUCUGAUAAAUAUAUUAAUGUCAUGAUAUCCAAGCUUCAUGCAGAUUUGAAUUUUAUUAAUGAAUAAAUAUUACUGUAACGGAUCAAGGAUUAAUGCGAAAAAUAUGUUAUGAUGUUGACCAAUAACGUAAGGAAUGAUAAUGAUUUUAAAUUGAAGGUGCAUAUUAAUAAUGAAAUGACUGUACAGGUACAAAGUAUAAAAUACCUAGGCAUCAUGUUAGAUUAUUAGCUAUGCUGGGAUACUCAUAUCAAAUAUCUAAUUAAAUCUUUAAGUUACAAGAUAUUUACAUCAUUGAAAAUUAGUAAUUUUUUAAGAAAAUAACUUUUGAAUAAAAUAUAUAAAUGCACC